AUGGUGGAGGACAUAAAGCAACAGCAAAUCCAGGAGGGGGACGGUUUGGGCAAAUUCAAAAAUUCGUUGGUGGUGGGCCAAUUACCCGAGCGUUUUGCGAUGGGGUUGGAAAUUCUGGUGUCUGAAGUGAAUGAAGAGCCAUGGAAAGGAAAGAUGAUAAAAUACACUAGUGAUGGAAAAUGUCAGCUAGACUUGAUACAAGGACAUGAUCUUAAGUCUAAGUUCAAAUUCACGAGCAGAUACUUGAAGUCCGAUGAAGGAUGUUAUAGGCAUAUAUUAAACGUGGCCUCCAACACCAGGCAGCUGGAGAAGAUGUUUGAUUUGAUUGUGGAAAUAGGUGUGGAUGAGAAUUUGAAGGCAGAGCAGAUGAUCAAGAAGGUGAUUGUGUUCGCUGAUGACCUACCACCACUAUUUAGCCGCUCCUUUGAGUAUGAGUAUGAGUUACUACGGAGCUUGUUUGAGGCAAUACAAAGCAAGUAUGAGGACAAAGGGUACGGGGAUGAUGCGGUGCCACACAUUCUGUUUUGGAAUCUCUUGCACUGUGGGGAGCCUACCUGGAUUUGUAGACGACAUCCAGGUUUCACGCUGUUGAGUGGCUUAUCCACUCAUUUGUACAAGUCCUUCAUGGACAAUGGUGGAGAAUUGGACCUGCACCAUCUCAUGGAAGCAGUCAUCAGUGACAAACAGUAUCAAACUCUCACUGUGGUCGACUGA